GGAGCCGCCACCAUUCUAAGCUUACUCUACGGUUAAACUACGUACUCCGUUACAUUCACCCUGCACUCCGUUCUCUUGCGACGGAGCUGCCUCCCUACCACCAGUAGAUUCGUACCACAUGGCGGGUCUCAUCAGUAGGCCGGACGGUCUCCGGGGCAAGACGAUGAGCCAGGUCCUCGGACCGUUCCUCACCGGCCAAGAACUCGCCGAUCUCGUCCCUGCAUGGGCAUUCAUCCGCGAGACGGUACGAGCCGAUUUCACGGAGGGCAAACGGUUCUCCAAGCAGAGUGCGGAAGUCAAAGCUGCGGUUAUCGAAAAGGUGACGAACGAGUACCCGAUCUUCGAGAGAUUCGAGGGCGCAUGGCCGAUUGAGCGGUAUAUCACCCACAGUGGGCUCAUGGGCGGAGGGCGCCGCCGGACUCGGGGUCGUAAGGCACAGAUAUUGCGAGGCCCUCCAACGGAGAAAAACCGUGGCAGGAAGGUGAAAAAGUCUCCAACACAACCUUCCGAAUCGCUCGAUUCUUCAAGAUCGACGCCCGAACCCAUCGACGAUUCAGCCUCCGAGGCGGAGGCUCGCCCCGGUAUAAAAAUUGGCCCACCUCGCGGGGCGAAUCGCAAGGUGAGCAUCGACCUGCCGCGUUACCGCCAACUGAUCGGUCCAACGUAUAUCUCAACCGACGCUCAGGGUUCGAGCUCUCAUUCUAGCGCUGCGAAACCAAGUUCGCCACCGCCAUCGUCGCCGUCGUCACCGAGCACGCCGACCCCCCGCGAGCGGUCCGUCACCAUCGCCCCGCACUCCAAGCACACGACCCAGCUCGGGGUCACAGACCCGGCCGUCCUCGCUUUCCUCGACACGCUCGAUUUUCCGCGAGAACAGAUCGCGCGCGCGUUCGCUCGGUACGGCAUCGACAAGGCUCGCCUCGACCGACUGUGUCUUAUGCCCGCGGAUCGGCUCGAAAAUAAAUUGCAGCGCUGCAUCGGCAAACUCGGUGUGUGCGAGUGGGACCUUGACGACCUCACGGAGGCGCUCCAGCUCCGGGGAGAAAGUCUCAAACGCGUGAAGGAGUGACUUUGGGGUUUUUUUUUCGUGCUUGGGCUGUCCCCACAUUUCCAUACCACCGUAUCGCUCCCUCGAUCUUAAUCCUUCGCUCCCCACUUCCCAUAACCGUCAAAUGUACUAUCAUCAAUCUGGCUAUCAUGGUCUCGUCGCGGGAUAUGUACAGGUGUCGCGGGAUAUGUACAGGUGUCUGUGUUUUGUCGAAUUGUUGAGUAUGUUCCUAUCGAUGUUGUGCGUUUGUUGAUAUUUCGUUGUUAUCCGGAAGUAUACUACGAUCAACCCGACGAACUUUCC